CCGCAUUGCUUGACAACCGCGGCAUCACCACCUUUGGACACGACACUGUACGUGAAUAAUGACCGAUAACGACAUCAUGGCGGAACCGGCGAACAAGGAGAAUGUUGCGCCGUAUACUUCGAGCGACCCACUACAGCUUAGAGCACUAUCGCCUGCGAAGAAAGCGGGCAGAAAGGGCAGAAGCAAAAGUAUCGGACCAGGCGAUUUAGUCAGCUCGGACGGACCGAAGCAGGAGCUCAAGAAGGAGCUCAGAAACAGGCGCAAGUCAACAUUCGUACCAGCGACCAAGUCUAUACUCUCCGGUGAUGCCGAAGCGGAACGCAAAGCGGCGCGUCGCAGAACGCUGGCGAACAGACGCGUCUCCUUUGCGCCGGAGGCGACAUUGCACACCUGGGACGUGAUUGAAUUCAUGCGCGACCAGACUACGUCGACAGACUCCUCGGACCCGACGCGACGCCAGUCCAACAUUACGCGCUCAGAGGGUGAGGCCACACCAUUUCAGCGCUCAGCGGGCACGGACUUUGAUAUUGAGGAGCCGCCGUCAACGCCACCAGAGCAGGAGGAUGAGCCGUCGACUUUGCCUGCGUCUCCGGCGCCUCAGCGCGAUUUGCAUAGAAAGCAGCGACGGCGAAGCUCUGGGUCUUCACCAGCCGUGGAGAGCAGUCCGGAUGAAGGCCUGCCGGAGGGCAGAAGCGGCAGCAGCGAUGCGUCUGGCAGCGAGGAUGACGAAGAAGUGGAAGACCUAGACGACGUGACCGGCACGGCGAUGAGCCUUGAUAUUGACGAGGCGACUGGGCAGUCCUCGGAAAGCGGCUCCAGCACCAGCUCAAGCCUGACGCAGCGCUUAAGGCAAGCCGCAGAGACAGCAGGCACUCGCGGUAUUGAGUACGACGAGGAGUACGAGAGCACCGUAUCGAUGGAGAUCGCUGGAGAAGGGGUAAAGGAUGCAUCCAAGCCCUGGGCGCCAGGCAUGACUGCGGAAACCGUUGGCUCGGCGUCGCUUGACCAAGAAAACGUCAACCCCUUCUCGCCAGCCUUCAAGGCACAGAUGACAUCCGGGCUGGUUAGGCGACCAUCGACCAUCGCUGAAGAAGACACCGGCGAGAUGAGUAUGGAUGUGACGCGUGCUGUCGGCGGGAUUCUGAGAUCGCAGGCUCGCGAGGUAGCCAGUUCGCCAGUAGGAGGGGAUACUAUGGAGUUUACCCAAGCAGUUGGCAGGAUAUACCAGGCACCUCCAGCAUUGUCUACAAGUCGUGUCGGACAGAAGCGACGGCAAUCGACCACCGACGCAGGCUCACCUCAAGCUCCCGCCACCGUCCUGAAGCGCAGUAGGAGAUCCUCGGUUGCGCGUUCGUCCAUGGGUGACGACACCAUGGAUUUGACUGUAGCAGUAGGAGGCAUCCAAAAGCAAGCCACUUCGCCGAAAGUCGAGCGCCGCAGGAGUGUCGCAAGACGAAGAUCAUCCGCGGCCACUAUUUUAGGAGCAGAUGAAGCGACAAUGGACUUCACGCAGGCCGUAGGAGGGAUCAGGUCCACAGCAACGCGUGCCGAGCAUACAGCCUCCAGCUUCGACGAGAACGAAGAGUUGACCAUGGAGCUCACCACGGUGCUUGGCGGCAUUGGGGCAGCCGACAUGGUGCUGAACCACGAGUUGCCGAGCACGCCAAAGCAAGCACAAUCUCCGCUUCGAGAGGCGGCAAACACCACUCCAAAAGACCAAGAGCGCUUUAAGGAUGCGCCGGACUCAGGGCCGAAGAAGCUCCUGACACCGGUCUUCCAGAAGCAGGUGAGCCUUUCUGCUGAGAAGUCGGCGUCUGCCGAGCGAGAGAAGCGGCGCAGGACUAUCUCUCCGGGGAAGGUGUCAUGGACGGGUGCUGUCUUCGACGAGGAGCAAAGACCAGAGAUGGAUGCAAAAGACAGGUUUCAGGUCCUUGAGGAACCUGUGUCCUACCCAGCUCUUACGCGUUUGGAGGAGAAGUCCGCGCCCAAGCAGGCUACGCCGACGAACACGCCGCCUAGCGUUCGUGUUAACGGCACGCCCGUGAUGGACUUUAAGCAGGAGCUUCAUGCGGACCUGUUGUUUGAUGAGCCUGCGAAGAAGAUCGAGGAGACUCCGCGCUUGUCGCCCAGAGUAGCUGCUGCAACUCCGGAGAAGCCAGCGGACUCUCAAAAAACCCGGAAUACGCUUGCAAAUUCGAUCAGACUGAUGUCCACGCCGCGGAAGGAAACCCUGAAAGCUCAGACGCCUAAAAAGCAGCCUAUCUCAAAGGCAGUGAGUCCAAUCAAAGCCAUGACGCCACGACCACGAGCGAUGCCAACAUCGAAACUCCAGCCUAAGACCUCUCCAGCAAGGCAACUCAGUAAUGACCUCAUUAAGCCGCAGUCCAGCGACGAGCCAGUGGAGAAAGUGCAUCUACAGGACUUCCUCGAUCAGGCAGGCAUCCGCUUCAUGGACAUCACCGCCACGAAACGUCGCUUGACUACUGCACCAACCCCGUCGAAGGCGCGCAAAGACAGCAGUGCCGAAUCGGUCACAGAAGAAGCCACCAGCCUCGAGACCGCCAUCGUUACCGCAGCAUGCACCCAGCCCGAGCACGACAUGUUCCAGCACGCCUGCCACGAGCUCAAGCACUACAUCAGCGAGGGCAAGAAACUCAUUAAGCAGCUCGAAGCCGAAACAUACCAAGACUGCCCGCCAUUGAUCCACGCGUACCGCCAAGCAUCGCCGGAACGUAAGGCUGCGCUAGAUGCGCAGAUGCGGGAGAUGAAGACGAACGCUCGCCUGCGGAGCAAAGAGAUGUGGUAUGCGUGGCGGACGCAGCUGCUUGAGGACUUGAUGAAGGGUCUUUCAGGUAUUGGCGAGGGGUUGCUGAGGGAUGAUGAGGUACUGCAGCGGACCGAGAAGAUGCUUCAGGAAGUACUACCGGAGCUUGUUGAAAGGCAGCAGCUGCUGCAAGACGAAGCGGAGACGCUGGAGCAAGCGGCGGAGGCGACUUCGGAGGAGGAGAAGGUAGACUUGGAGACUGCUCGGGUGCGUUUAUCAGAAGCUGAGGGAGAGGUUGAGGAAAAACAGAAGAUGCUGGCAGAGCUGCAACAAGCAGCUGAAGAGCAAGUGAGGCAGGUUGGUGACUUGCAGGAAAGCAAGGCGGAGUUUGCCGCUGCCAUCAAAGAGGCUGAGCGUGUCCGUGAAGCGUGCCGUGGCGUCUCGAUGGAUGAGAUCGCGGCGCUGAAGGACUCCGUCCGAAAGCUUGAAGAGACCUACGGCUGGACGAUCGCCUCCGCCUCUUCCGCCACCCCAACGGCUACCAUGACCUACAAGUCGCAGCUGCAACUCUUCUUCCACCCUGCCGCAUUCCAAGUACCAUCAUCUACUGGCACCUCGGCGCAUACCAAACGACCAAAUGCGCCUAUUAGUCUGUUAUACAUCGCUCAAGAUCGCAAUGAGCAGCCGAAGGAGCUUACGACAACCCUCCGUUUCUUCCUGCAGCUUCUGCGAGCUAGUCUCCAAGCCCUGCCGCAAUGCACGACCCGGGUGGCGGAUUUGCUAGGCUUAGUGGGCAGUGGCUGGGGAGUCGCCCUUCAAGUUGCAGAAGCCGAGCGAAGACUGCACCUCGAGACGCUGACUGAUGCCCGUAUCGUCAGUGAUGAGAGACUUGCGAUUGAUGCGGAUCUCCUUUUGCCGAAGGUGCGGACGAAGGUACGCGUGAGCUUUCAAGUCCAAGCCGCUGUUGGGGAUGGACUGCGGCUUAGCACCACGAUCACGGCUAAUGCAGUUGUGGUGUACGGCGAGCAGUAUAAUGAGAGUAAGAUGUCCAAAUUCGUUUUGGAGCGAUCUGGAGGUAUGGCAGAAGGCUGGGCCAUUGCAGUGCGAGAGCUGAGGGAAAAGCUCCUCGCUACCGGUGCUAAGGGCUUCAGGAAGUAGCCCGUUAGCUCGUGCACAGGUCCUCCACAACGAGCUGCGACUUGCCGUACGCCACGUUCGGAGAUGGUAAAGGCUUUGAUCCGUGGUCACUUGCUGGUCACGGGCCUCAUCCUUCACAGCUCAUCCCUGUCUGCUCCACCUGACCGUUUCCGCUCACUAAGAUGGCCUUCCAGAUCCA